UCGAAACUCCGACGCGUCACGAGCAACAUUCUAUGUAUAUGAGCCUCAUGUUGGCCUCGUGUAACUAUUUCCAUCAUAUUGACAGUCAUCAACGACAUAAUGGACUACGUGAGCGCUUCAGAACGACCUGGAGUCGAAGAUCUCUACAAUACCUCUGACGAGGAGAUAGAGGUGAAUCACGAUGAGAUUACAAGCAGGGAGAAGGACAUGGACGAAUAUCAAGACGAAAUUGCCAGCAAAGAGGACAAGGAGAAUGGAAGAUUCAGAAGUAAUGACCAGCAAAUGGAACAAGGAGAUAGAGCAUGGGGGGAAAAUCGCCCGCAAAGUGUUCAACAUGAUGGAGGAAGAUCCGGAAGUAAUCAUAAGCGAGGGGGACGAAGAGAUACAGGAACGUUCAAAAAAAUUGCACGCAAAACGACCAAGAAGGACAGGGCCAGUCAUGCAAGAAUGUUGCGACGUUUUGGUAAGAUUCAAGGAGUACCUAUUGGCGCCACGUGGAGGACUCGCAAAGAGUGUUAUCAUGCUGGUGUACACCGCUCUCCUCAGGCUGGAAUACAAGGUAGUAAGAUAUCGGGCGCUUGCUCAAUCGUUCUUUCGGGUCAAUAUGACGAUGACCAGGACUUAGGCGACAUGAUCCUUUAUGUGGGCUCAGGGGGUGGUAUCUACAAUGACGGUUGGCCUAAACGCCCAGGCCCGCAGGUUUCUGACCAGGAAUGGAAGGGUUGGGGAAAUGAAGCACUUCAUAAAUCUUGUUACACAGGCAAACCCGUGCGCGUCGUCCGGAGCUCGAAAAUUGUUUCUGAUUUUGCGCCCUACAAUGGUUAUCGGUAUGAUGGCUUGUACAUCGUUACACAUGCGCACAGAGAGAAGGACGAAGCUGGUCAUUUGUAUAUCUGUCGCUACAUCAUGGAGAGAAUCCCAGGCCAACCUCCUUUACCACGUCGUCGACGGGUCGGCUAUGACAUUGAGUCAUCACGGUCAUCUCCCGCCUCCGUAGUCACAUCAGACACUGUCGUCUUACCCUCAGAGACAUCAACCGCCCAUGAGCGCAAUGCCUGCUUCGGAAGUCAUCCACUGAUAGAAAAAUACAUAAAACACGUGAUUGGUAACGAACUGGCGUUCGACAGUGACGAAGAGUGAAAGACGAGGACCUCGAUGGCUCGGGCGCCCCAUCCAUCUCGUCAUUCGGAGUCAUUCACAGUUGCAAGAUACUCA